GUUUUUCAAAAAUACAUUCAAAAUUAUGAGUACAAAUAUCGCCUACGCUACACUAUCCAGCAUUUACAAUAGUUCUCUUGCCCAAUAUCUCAAGUAUUCUCAAACCAUUGGAGGAGCCAUUUUCGAACAAAGUUUAAAUGUUGAUAAUGUAUUUAAAAACUCGUUGGAGUUGGUGCUAAACAUAGAAAAAUACCGCAAGCCCUCGAAUCCACUGGCUGAAGAGUAUUUAAUGGACCCACUGUUUCGAGAAAUUGAGCAAGUCACUGCAUUUGAAACCAAAGCAAGCGAUCAUAUUUUUCAAAUUACGUUAAUAAGUAAAAGUAUCAAAAUUUUUGAAUGGGUCAGAGAAACUGAUCAGGAAAAAUUCGUAAGCAAAUUGAAUAAUUAUAUCGUGUUUUAUAAACAAAAAGCCCUUUGUGAAAUUGAACAUUUGGGAAAAACACAUUUUGAAUGGUUGAAAUAUUGGAAUGAAACUUAUGAAGAACUUUCUAUUUUCAUAGCAAACUUUUUUCAAAAUGGAGUUGUUUGGACAGGCAUCGAUUCAUUGCCAAUGAUUAAUCUAUUAGGAGACUCUUUUCUUGUAAAUAAAAGUGAAAAACGUGUAACUUUAGUAAAUGAAUUUGCUCAAUUAGAAAGUAUUUCGAAUUAUAAAACGCCACCACAUGAAGAAUCAGUAAGAGUUUUUGAAAAACAAGAAAAUAAAUGGUUAAUAAAGAAUCACAAAAAUAGUCAUAAUUUGGUUCUAAAUACCGCAGUAAAAAACGAAGACGUGGCCAUUAGAAAUUGCGUAGAUAGCACCAUAAUAGUGGAAAAUCUUGUUAACAAUAUAAGUUUGGAAAAUUGCAAAAAAGUUUCGGUAUUAUUCAGGAACGCAUCAAAAGUAGAGGCUCGAGAAAGUGAAGAUUGUAAUAUGCAUUGCUUUGAAAAAAUUGUUGAAAUAUUUUUACAAUCUUGUGAUAACUGUAAAAUUCAUUUAUCUGAUAAAUCUUUAGGAAGCUCAAUUUCGACAAUUAAAUGUUUUAACAUAAAUGUUAACUUCCCGUUUGAUGACGGACUUUAUAAGAGUUUCCAAAUUGCCGAUGAACUUAGAACAAUGAUAAUGCCAAAUCAAGGAUUAUCAACAACUGCUAUAAUGAAACAAUAAACAAAUUAAUUAUAUAGAUUUUUUAUUUCUAUUUAAAGAAUAUAUAGGUAAUGUUUUUUAAAAUUCAAUAUUAUAAAUGGUUUUCCAUACAUUUUGUCCAAGUGAUUAAACGGUAUAAAAAAUCAAUUUUGGACAAAUUGUAUUUUUAUUUCAUAUUUUUAAAAUAAUUAAAUAUAUCAUACAUUCUGCGAAAGGCUUAUUUUUAUUUAUUACAUCUAACAAUCGC